UUGUUGACAUCGUUAUCAUUUAUCAGUUGCCGUCCGGUUGUGCGGUUUAAGAAUUUAUUAUUUUAAAUAAGAAUUACUCAGUUUUCUUCCCACGUCUUAGAGUUCAGAGUCCACUGUUGAGAACUGAUAAAACUGUGAAAAAGACGUGUUUAGAUAUAAGUGUUGGGUUACUAUUCAUUUGCAUUUUAAUGCUAAUACCAUAAGAUUUUUUUGUUACAAAAAUGACCAAUAUAACUUUAUUACAAUCACCGCCGCCAAAAUUAGUAGACGUUCAAAAGUCGGUGUUUUCUCGAGAAGCAUUAGAAUUUGUCUCAAAGUUGCACAGAACUUUUGACUUUGAAAUUGAAAAACUAUAUAAAGGCAGAUUUGCCAGAAAUGCCUCUAUUCAAACUCAGAAUUGCCUCGACUUUAAGAUAUCGCCUGAAAGAAGUGAUAAAACAUGGAAAGUGGGACCAAUUCCUUCGAGAUUACUAAAUCGUCAUUUAGAUUUAGGUGAUGUUUCGCCAUCGAAUGCUGCUCAUUUUAUUGAAGCGUUAAACUCCGAUGUACAAGGUAUACAAGUUGAUUUUGAUGAUGGUCAUUGUCCAACUUGGAGAAAUCAACUGCUUGCGUAUAAUAACAUCAAUUUACUUGUUAAUGGAAAACUUCCUGGAGCCCCUCCAAGUAUUAGUACAUGUCCAGUGUUAAUGCUAAGACCUAGGGCUUGGAAUAUGAUAGAUCAUGAUAUUCUGAUAGAAGGUAAAGAAGCUAUCGGUCCAUUAGUAGACUUUGGUAUUUUAAUGUAUCAUAAUGCUAAAAAAUUGUAUGAAGCCAACAGUGGACCAUACUUUUAUCUUUCCAAGUUAGAAGGUUCAACAGAAGCUAAGUUAUGGAAUGAUAUAUUUGUAUGGGCACAGAAUGAACUCAAUUUACCUUAUGGUACUGUAAAAGCUUGUGUUUUAAUUGAGAAUAUUUUAUCAACUUUUGAAUUAGAAGAAAUUCUCUAUGCAUUAAAAGAUCAUUCAUUAGGCCUUAACUGUGGAAUUUGGGAUUAUUGUGCAUCUAUUAUUUCAAAAUUUGGUGAUCGAAAAGAGUUUCUAUUACCAGACAGGAAUAAAUAUGUGAACAUGGACCGUCACUUUCUGAACAGUUACAUGAGGCUAGUUGUGAGGACAUGUCACGAGCGGGGCGCUCCGGCCACAGGCGGUAUGGCCGCCGCCAUGCUGAAGCCAGGCUCUAAUGGCUCUGAUGAUGAAUCAAAAAUCAUUAUCAACAAAGUGUUGGAGGCUAAGUUAAAGGAAAUAGAAAUUGGCGUUGAUGGAUUUAUGGUUUAUGAUGUUAGAUUGGUGUCUUACGUAAAUGAGCUUUGGAAAAAGAAUGGUACAACGCCUAAUCAAAUAACACGACAAAUAAACACCAACGUUACUGCAAUAGAUUUAUUAACAAUUCCACAAGGGGGUGUUACUUUACAAGGCAUUAAACAUAAUGUUGCUGUCACUAUACUGUUUAUAUACCACUGGUUAGCUGGUAUUGGACAUUUCUUUUAUAACGGCAAUAUAGAAGACUCCGCCACCGCAGAGAUAUCUAGAGCACAAAUAUGGCAAUGGAUACGAUUUUCCCCACCUAUAGAAGACGAUUCAAAACAACAAGUGACACCAAACUUAAUAGAAAAAACCGCGACAAGUUUCGCUGCGCACGCGCGUAAGAAUCUUUGCAGAUCGAGUGCGGAAAGGAAAAGAUUAACCGCCGCUAAAUAUAUGAGCUUAGAAAUAUUUUAUUCACGUAAUCCACCUGAAUUUAUUACCAGUUAUUUGAAUGAUAAUCAUAAAUUCCGUACAUUACAUAAUAAGGAGUUAUUGAGUAAUUUGUAAGAAUAUUGCCUCUGUCUACUCUGUUUGGAAGAAUUUAAGGUAAGUAUCAAAAGUAGGAUAAUUCAGUAACCAACUUAACAUUUACACAAAACACAAAGAUGAAGUUGAAGCAAUGCGGAGAAAAACUAAAAGCUCAAGUAGUUGGCGCCAACGUCAAAAGUCCGCUGUCAAAAUUUUAAACGUCAUU